AUGGCCCAGGAGCUAAGCCAGGAGGCACUACUGGACUUUUUGUGCCAGGCCGGGGGCCGAGUGACAAAUCCUGCUUUGGUGACCCACUUCAAGAGCUUCCUCCGAGACCCCGACGCGUCCCCCGGCGAGCACAAGCGUCGCCGCGAGCUCUUCAAGGGCUUCGUCAACUCAGUCGCCGCAGUGCGCCAGGACCCCGACGGCACCAAGUAUGUGGUGCUCAAGAGAAGGUACAGGGACCUUUUAGGGGAGGAACGGCUGCUGCGACCCCGCGACCCGUCCGUGGCCGCCGUCCCUGCAGGAGGAGCUGCACCUUGCUCCCCGCGAGGCGCGCGCCGGCAGCAAUCGCAGCCGCAGCCUAGGCGGCGACGCGACCAGGAGCGAGAGGAGGAGCCUGCAGGUGCCGCAGCUCGAGUCACCGAUGCAGGUUGCAAUGGACACCCGGCCAAGGACGCCCGGGAGGCGGUUCCGGGAGGCGGCGGGCAGAGGGUCAGUUCCCACCAGAUAGCGCCGGCACUAGCGCCUGCGGUGUCGGCUCGGGCGGGAGUGCGGUGUGCGGCGGUGGAGACUCAGGGCCAGUGUUGCUGGGAAUGCCUACAGAACAGCGUAGAGGGGCUCCCGGGCGAGUCGCAUCUGGACGCGCUUCCAAAUUCCGCCACCGCCAAGGAGAAAUCGGCGCUGGGUCUGCCUGCCCAGGAUGACCGCGGGGCUCCGAAGGAGCGGCUGGAAGGCGUGCCUGCUGAGCCGGAGCAGAAGCGGACGCAGGAGCCUGCGGUCACCCCUACGCCUCCCGCGACCGUCGGGCCUGCGUUGAGCAGAGUUUCCUUGCCCGCUCUCCAGCCUCACCGUCCUCCCGCUGGAGACCGACUAGAGCUUUUGGCCCCUUGCACCCAACAGUAUUCGACCCAGCAGCAGCAACAGCUGCGAACUCUAGAGUGGGUGGCCAGACACCCCCAGGUGCCGGAGGCCCAGGAUCAGAGCCCGAUCCGGGCUUGGUCGGUACUACCAGAUAACUUCUUGCAACUGUCCACAGAGACAAAUUCAGCGCCGCCAACAGGCCCCCCUCUCUCCUCUCACGCUCUCUUUCCUGUUGUACCUGAUGAGUCCUCAGAACCUGGAUCUGGUAGCCCUCCACUGACAGUGUUUCGUAGCAUCCGUUGUCAGUUGUCCCUCCAAGAUCUGUAUGAUUUUGUGGAUCAGGAGAGCCACGGCAGUGAGGAGAGCAGCAGUGCACCCAAAGAGUCCCCUGGGGGUUCUGAAGACGGUCUGCAGAUUGCCGUGGGCACCCCAGAUUGCGGAAAGCGCAGGAGUCCAGCUGGAGGCAUUUCUGUAUCUCCAGAAGAGCGAAGCCCCAGCAAGAGCCCUCAGGACCUCAGGAACAGAGGAGUGGGCCAUACUACUGAGCAAGCCCCAGUAGAGGCUAAUGGCCUGGCAGGCCAUCCCCAGGAACCUCUACCCUGGCCAGCUUCCAAGUUAAGGCGAUCACUCAGGAGGAGCUCUCGGGCACGGCGGGCCAAAUUAUCCUCCUCUGAUGAGGAGGUACUUGAUGAAGACUUGCUAAAAAGGAGUCGGCGUCCACCUCGGCCCAGCUCCAGGAAAUCCUCCAAGGCUGGGGCAAUGCCCAGUCCCAGGGUGGAUGCUGCAUUGAUUCCAAAACUUUCCAAUGGUAAGGCUGUUGUUACUGAGGGGGGUUGGGCACUCAGCUCGUGGGUGCUCUAUAGGGAGGGGCCUUCAGCCUUGGACAUGCACAGACAUGAACACAAAUCAUCCCUGGUACCCCUAGAAGCCAGGGAGCACGAAUGGAUUGUGAAACUCGCCAGUGGAUCCUGGCUUCAGGUGCUGACCUUGUUCUGGGAGGACCCUCAGCUGGCUCUGCACAAAGACUUCUUGACUGGGUACACUGCCUUACACUGGAUGGCCAAGCAUGGCAACCUCAGGGCCCUUGAGGACUUGGUCUCAGGAGCACAGAAGGCAGGGAUUGUUCUUGAUGUAAAUGUGAAAUCUGGUUGUGGAUACACCCCGCUGCACCUUGCAGCCAUUCAUGGUCACCAGGGGGUCAUCAAAUGGCUAGUACAAAGGUUAUCUUCUCGGGUGAAUAUCCGGGACAGCAGUGGCAAGAAACCAUGGCAGUAUCUGACCAGUAAUACCUCUGGGGAAAUAUGGCAGCUACUAGGAGCCCCUCGGGGCAAGCCUAUUUUCCCAGUCUCCCCCAUAGUCCGAAGUUCUUCCCCCACCAGGAAGGCCAAGAUCCGGGAAAUAUCCCGAAGUGUCACCCGUAAGACUUCCUUUGCUGCGUUACUCAGAAGUCAUCAAAACAAACGGAAAUUUGCCAACCAAUAUGAAAAAUUCCCCACUUCAAGGGAAAGAGAAGAGUAUAGUGACUGA